CAGGGAUUAUGACAGUGACAGGUCCAGACACCUUGGAGUUAGAAGAACAAUCACAAGAGUCAUAACCACUUAUAAUGGUGACGAGGAACCAGACAUAAGGACCAAAGAACCGUGCUCCACUUCAUCCCUGAAAAUGUCGCCCCUGCCCUUCUUCCUUCUCAUUGUGGUCUCCAUACCGUCUGCAGGAGCAUAUGAUGUCCUGUGCUUUACUGUAUUUAACGAUACAAGUCUACAGUGCGAAGAUUUCCUGGGGGACGGGAUUUUACAGGAGGACUGCUGCCUGAACCACAAGUACGGAUUCAAGAGAGAACUCAACUUAAACUGCCAGUCCUGCCGCCCUUCUGAGUGGUCAGAGUGGGGGAACUGGAGUCCUUGUUCUGUCACAUGUCAUGAAGGUUUUCAGGAGAGACAUAGAACCUGCAUAGGACAAGGACACUGUCCUGGAAAUGAUCUUGAAGUUAAAUCCUGCGUUCAACAAGAAUGCUGUCCCGUGAUGGGAGGUUGGUCCAAGUGGACAUCAUGGUCAAGAUGUUCUGUUACUUGUGGCAUUGGACAUAAACAGAAAAGACGACUGUGUGACAACCCAAAGCCUUCUUGUGGUGGUAUCUGUAUUGGUGUAAGCAAUCAAAUAGACCUCUGUGAAACUCAUCAACUUUGUCCAACUCAUGGUUCCUGGGGAAAUUGGGGACCCUGGAAUCCAUGUUCCUCCCAUUGCAAAGAAGAAGGUUCUACGAAUAUUCCAAUUCAGUUACGUCAUCGAGUGUGCGACAACCCUAGGCCAUCUAUAUACCCUGCAGGAAACCGCUGCCAAGGUAGCGCCCACGAGGAUCGACAAUGUCCAGAUCUUCCUUUCUGUCCAGUUGAUGGCGGUUGGGGGUCAUGGAAGAAAGACUCGGAGUGUACAGUGACCUGUGGCGUUGGACGGAUAAGAGAAAAGAGGACAUGUGACAACCCUCUGCCACGAUACGGAGGACAAGACUGUUCAGGUUCUCCCACUCGAGACACUAUCUGCAACACCAAGGCUCCCUGUCCUAUUGAUGGGCAGUGGUCAAAUUGGCAGGGGUGGUCCCCGUGUAGCCUUCUGCAAGGGGAAACCAGGUGCCAAAAAAGAUAUGGACUUCAGAACAGACGUCGUGAAUGUCUCGGGACAAGUAAUGGAGGGAAGUGGUGCGAGGGGAAGUACAGGGAGAGCCGCAAGUGCUACAACGUCGAUGGCUGUCACCUUAAUGGAGCGUGGUCGGAAUGGAGUGCGUGGGGACUGUGCUCCUCUCCAUGUGGACUGUCCGAAAAAAAGAGAUUCCGGGAGUGUCUUCCGCAGUAUACUGAAUACUCGGGGUUAGAGGAGGCGGCCUUCUCAGGGACCCCCAAAGUGAGAUGUGCUUCAAUCAAUGGAGAAACUCUGAAAGUGGAGGAGAAAAUUACAUGUCCAAAUCUUCCGCCAUUCCAAUGAGGUUUUCCCUUUCUCAGUUUGGCUGUGACUAGAAGACGGCCAUUACUACAAGCAACAUGUCUGAGAUGCCAGAACGAUCAUAUGUAAAUCUCCAUGUGAAAUCUUAUGAUAGUCCUGAAUAAAUAUGGAUUCUAGCAGUAACGACGAUUGUGCCAAU